UUAACAAUUACAACAACAAAACACAACAUGGAUAUAGUACAAAAGUCUUCACUCUAUCACACCAGCAGCAGUGGCAGCGGCAGCGAGGUUUACGUGCCACCUGCAGGCUUCUACACGCCUUAUAAUACGCCGCCAUACAUAGCACCGUCGUAUUGUCAGCCUAGCUGGCUGAGCGAGUCAGCAACACCAUCAUCUUCUUCACUGCCAAUCUCCCUGGACGAUGUUCAGCAACAGUUGCAGCAGCAGAUGCAGCACGUAAGAUUUCCGACGCCACCCAACACUCCACCGCGCGCCGAUCACGUAGCCAUAGCUGCUGCACCAACGUCCAUACCCACACACAGUGCCCGCACCCAGUCCGUCAUCAUGAAGGUCCACAGUCCGCUGCAUGCCUCCGCAUCCACGCUGUACACGCUCGACGAAGGCAAGUCAUGCAGCAGCAGCAGCGAGUGCGGCACUAGCAGCGACUUCCUCUGUAAUUGGCUCGAUUGCGGCAGUAUUUUUGAUAGUCUGGAAUCGCUUGCGCAACACGUCACCCAACUGCACGCGGUGGCAUCCAUGUCCGAUGGUCUCUACUAUUGUCGCUGGCUGGACUGCCAGCGUAGCGAGCGCGGCUUCAAUGCUCGCUACAAGAUGCUUGUUCAUGUGCGUACGCAUACCAAGGAAAAGCCUCAUCGUUGCCAUUUAUGCGAGAAGUCCUUUUCGCGUGCUGAAAACCUCAAGAUCCACAUACGCUCCCAUUCGGGUGAAAAGCCCUACAGAUGCACCUUCGAAGGUUGUCAAAAGGCCUACUCAAAUUCAUCAGAUCGUUUCAAGCACACGCGCACGCACUCCAUGGAGAAACCAUAUAUGUGCAAGAUAGCUGGCUGUCAGAAGCGCUACACAGAUCCCUCAUCAUUACGCAAGCAUGUGAAGACGUUUAAGCACAGCAUCCAAAUGAUGGCCAGUCAGCCGCCUCUCAGUGUGAGUGUUCAUCAGCCCGCUUUUCAUUUGGACGCGAGUGAACCGUCCUACACGCUUUGUCUGCCUGCUGUCAGCGGAGAAGCACCCGCUCGAUACUACCUGGACAUGUCCGAAGAAAUGGCAGCCACUGAUUACACAUUGGGGUCCAAGCUGAAUGCGGACUCCCGCUACUGGCGUGCACCACCGCACGGGUAUCUGCAUGGUGACGACUUCGCCAUGGUGGACUCGCCGUUAGAUUUACGAGUGAAUCGAAGCUGAAAGUGGCGCCACAAUGCGUGUACGCACUAUCCCUCUAGUCCACAUGCCAUCUAGUCCUUUUAGGUUUACCCAUUAGUGUUUAAUAAAUAAUAUCGUUUAUUGCCUA